GCUUCUGUCAGAGACCAAGUGUUGCCAGCACUUGCUCCAGGUGCUCCUGCCAGCAGCCCCUGCAGGCAGGAGCGCAGCCCCCAAUGCACGUGGGGUGCAUUGCAUUUGGCUCCCUGUGGCACAGAAGCCCCCCAGGGGCACCGGUCUCUGGGGCAGGAGACGGGCACCAGCGCUGCCAGGGCUCGGGGGGUGGCAGGGCUGCUUGGGCGGGGACUCUGCCACACCUGCUGAUGUCAGCGCUCCCCGGGCCCCAGGGCUCAGAGCAGCGUUCGUGCCCUGGCCCACACGUUCCUUGUCCCUGUCACAGCCGCGGGUUUAGGACGGCCACCAGCCGGGACGUGUCCCAAGGAGGCCGUGGCAGCUUCCGUGGAAGGCCCCGUGCCCUUCCCAGCGCGGCUGCGUCGGCAGCCCUGGGGGCUCCUUGUGCUGCCCUGAGCCCGCAGAGCAGGGCAGGCUUUGCUGAUGCUCUGAGCCGUUCCUAAAGAUUCUGCAGGGCUGUCUCAGACACUUGGGGCCAGGGAUUCCUUCCAACCUGGGCCACAUUGGGUGGGCUGGGGGCGGCCCCAGGGCCGGUGACAGUGUGUGCAAGGGCCCAUUGUGACACGCUGCAGUAUGGUCACCGUGGCAUAGAACGGGACAGGGUGUCCUUUGUGACACGUAGUGACACAGGAGCUGGCAGUGACCAGACCACAGCACAGUGCUCUGUGCAUACAGCUGUACAGCACGCAACAGAGCGGUGCCGUGAGGAGCCCCCGCGCAGCGCACUUGUUCAUUGCUGACCUGGAGUUUUCCUUGACCUUACUGUUGUUGCAGGUGACCUCGAGGCCAGACCACAGGACUUGGUGACCUGUGGCCUUCUCGGGACUUGUCUUCUGCAGGUCCCCUCGAGGGCAGACCGUGGGACUGGGUGACUCGCAGCUUCUCCGAGGCAUCUCCCAUCCUUGCGGCCGGUGCCCCUGAGGCCAGACUGUUGUACUUGUCAACUCAGAGCUCUUCCAAGGCCUGUCUCUUGCAGGUGCUCUCGCCACUAGAUUUUGGGAGAAUGGCAGAGAAACGCCAAGGCCUGUUCAGGGGAAAGAAGAACAAAGGCUCUUCAGCUGCCCCAGCAAAGCAGCGUGAUGUGACACCACGGUCCCAGCCACUGCAGGAGGAUGCAGGGAAGAAGCAGGACCCCGCUCAUGGUGGCUUCAGCAAAACACUGAAGAAUUUAAUUAUGUGUAGAAAGACUACAGAUACAGAGGCUGCAGACAAAUUUGACGACAGGCGAACUGAUGUUAGCACAGCAUCAAUUGAAUGUGCAGAAAUGAGUAAUUACGUAGUGAAGGCUGACCAGGUGCCAGAAAUGGUGAGGAUUAUGCACCAGAGACUUGAGUCCCCUGCGACUGCUGAUGUCAGGCUAUUCAUGAACAUUCUGAGGAUGGCAGAAGAACACCCUGCUGGUGUGGUGCUGACCCUCCUGCGCUGUGCCCCAACGUGUGACAGAGCUGCUACAGUGAUGUGGAGAACCAUAGGCUCGUCGAGUCCCACAGUGAAGAAGGUGCUGCCAACGCUGCUCUGUGUGAUGGAGGACUGGCCUCUGCACAGCAUGUUCACCUCUGAUGGGGAUGACACAGAUGUUUUUGCCCUGGCUGCAACUCUGGUGAUCUGGGUGAUUGUCCAGGUGCCCAAGUGCCAUGAGGCAAUGCACAGAUAUGCCCCCGAGCUGCUCAUGGCUCUGGUAGUUCAAAUUUGCGACAGCACAGCGCAUACUUCUGAGGAGGUUGACACCUUUUGGAAGCAAUGCCAGGAAGAACACCACCUUAGCACAAACCCCAGCAGGUUUGCAGUGCAGACUAUGAAGGCUCUGCUCUGCCGACUGCGUUGUGACAAUGUGGUCAUGGAAAUGGCACGCAAGCAUGGCUGGGACACUCUGCUGUGUGCUGACACCCAGUACUACGCUGUGGGUCUGCUGGCCAGGGAGAUGUGUCGUGACUCCAUGCCCUUGUGUUCUCACAUUGCACUCCACCUGCUUGGGCUGCUCAGCACAGAAGGGCAUCGCUGCGAGCUGCCCUUCCUGGCGUUCCUGGUGGAGGUCAUGCAUUGUCUGGACAUGGGUAAAUGUGGUGGUAGCAUACUGGAGAUGAUAUCAAGGUACCUGCAGAGCGAGUGCAGGGAGCGGCGUCGCCUGGCGCUCAGAGGCCUCGUGGUGCCCAGCAACGAUCCCUUGAUGGCCAGAAGAAUAGGCAUCCUGUCUCAACAGCUUGUGGAUGUUCUGGGUGAUGCAGAUGGAGAGGUGGUCAGCAUGUCCCUCUCUGUCUUCACGAAUGUUCUGCAGUACAAGGAUAUCUUGAUAUCCAGCACUACUGCCCCGAAGCUAGCUGAGGCACUCCUACCACUCUUUGACCAUGUAAGGCUCUGUGGCCCCAGCCAUGGGACUGGCUGCUGCCCAGGAAUUUUGUGCCCUGUGGAUUUUUAG